GACUGACAGGUUCCUGACGUGUGAAAGGUGAACAUUGAGUUCAGUCUCCACCUCACAGGAAACUCCAGUGUACAGUAUGGAUACAGUGGGAGUGAAUGUGAUUGAGACAGCAGCUCUAGGAAGACCCUUCCAGCUGGGCAUGCUGUAUGACUGCAGGAAAGAUGCUCUCAUACCAGGAAUCACACUGUGGCAUCCAGAGAAGCUCCAGGAGAGCUUACGAACCCGUCCCCAAAUUGACACUGAUUUCAAAGUCUCUGCUUCAGACUCCAUUGAGGACAAAUCCACCUUACUGAACAUCGACGGCUCUCUGAAACUCAGUCUUUUAGGUGGACUGGUCAAUGUGACAGGAGCAGCCAAAUAUCUCAACGACACCAAGAAGUCUUUCAGACAGCAGAGACUGACGCUGCAUUAUCACUCCACCAGCAGGUUUGAAGAACUGACCAUGAACCACUUGGCUUCUGAAAAUAUAGUUUAUCGUGAUGUGUUUGAUAACGAUGCAGCGACACACGUGGUGACAGCAGUGCUGUAUGGAGCAAACGCCUGCUUUGUGUUUGACAGAGAAGUGUCAGCAGAUGAGAACAAAAGUACAGUAGACGGAGAAGUAAACGCAGCCCUUGAUGCACUCAAAUUCAUUUCAGUAGAUAUAAACGUCAGUCUGAAGAUGAAUGACGUGCAGAAGAAUGCAGUCCAGAAAUUCACAUGCACGUUUUACGGUGAUUUCCAGUUACCGUCAAAACCGACCUCUUUUGAAGAUGUGCUGAAGGUUUUCACUGAUCUUCCAAAACUGCUGGGAGAAAAGAAAGAGCUGGCGGUUCCUCUGAGAGUUUGGCUUUAUCCUCUGGACAAACUUCACUCGAAAGCUUCAAAACUUCAGAAAGACAUCAGCAUGGAUCUAAUCACGGCGACUGAAUCAGUGAUUGAGAGUUUAAAUACAGCUGAGAUGAAAUGCAGUGACCUUCUGAAAGACUCACCUGCCUUGACUUUUGCUGAAUUUCAGAGUAAAAUACAGCAAAUGAAGCAAAACUGCUAUACGUACAAACUGAAGCUCAUGAAGAAACUCGGCUCUCUGCUGCCAAACAUCCGUGGAGACGUGAUGAAGGAAACUGAGCUGAAUGAUCUUCUAAAAGAACAUAAUAAAUCUCCAUUCAGAGGACAAGACCUGGCAGAAUGGCUGAAAGAGCGAGAAAGAGAGUCUGAGAUCAUUAAAUCAGUCCUCAGACAGCUGAAGAAUGCUGGUGCACAGGUAGAAGUCAAUCUAGAUGUCAUCUGGAUGGAUCUGGAGGUUGGAAAUCUGGUCUGUUACACGUUCACAUCAUUGGACUGGACAGACGUGCUUCUUCCUAAACAAACCACCUAUCUGAAUCCUUCAGCAAAAGGAGAAAAUGAUGUGAACUGCCCUGAUUCAGAGCAAAAGUCUUGGCUCAGUCCUGAGAUCCAAAAGAGCAUGAAGAGCAACUUAAAGAUAUUUAAGAACUUGAUCAAUUCAGAAGACUGUAAACCAGCCAAGUUCAUUGUGUCCUCAAGAGAGAUGAAGAAUAAUCCUGGCUCCUGUAUUCUGCUGUAUGAAAGUGAAUGUGAUGAAGCUGUUUGCUUUAUUCCUCCAUCGAAACCAGUCUCUCCAGUCACUGAAGAGAUCACAGAAAACACGAUGGUUCUGAAGGUUCCUCCAGUGUGUUCUGCUACAGUGGAGCUGAGAUUACUCUAUAAACUGAAGCAGGACUCGGUCUGGAAAUCUAAACCUGUGAUGAAGAAUCAACACACAGUUACUCUGACUAAUCUAAGAGCAGAAACUGAGUAUGAGAUCAGAUGUGCAGCGCUGGGGAAACUCUACACCGUAUACAGUGACGUCACUAAAGUUUUCACAGAGGGAAGGAACAGUAUGAGUAUUGGCAUUGACUUUGAAGGAGACGGUCACUCGACUACAUUUAGCAGCACUGAGGGUCGUUCGUCUCCAGCAGUUUCUGAAUCUUCCCAGUUUUUGAAACCGACUGAAAAGCUCACAAAUCACGCAUUUCAAGGCUCUUGGAACAGAUUACCUGAUGCCCAAAACAGGCCAUAUGUAUAUGAUUGGAUCUCCAGAGCACCAGAUUCUCAAAAGCACACAAGCAACACUUCAGUCAGUGACUCUGGCAUAGAAGAAGCUUCUUCAGGAGCAGAUGAAGAGACCAGUGAUCCAGCAUUGAGACCACAAACACACUCCAGUGACGGCAGAAGAGUUCAGAAUUUGAAUGUACUGAAGAAUCCUGGUGUUUCCAGCAUCAAGUUCAAGCCAUCCGUGAUCAACCCAAAGAUCAGCAUACAGACUCAGUCUUCAGUAUCAGAAAUGUUGAAACGGAGACUGAAGGAGGAGUUUCAGUAUCUGAAUGAAAAACCUGGAGAAAGUCAAAAACUGAAUGAUGUCUUCAUUGAACCCCACAUCACAGAGAAAACUUAUCCUCACAUCAGUGAUAAAAGACAGAAUAUCAGGACCGUAUUGAUGAAGGGAGAUGCAGGAACUGGAAAAUCUGUGACUGUGCAGAAGUUCAUCCUGGACUGGGCUGAAGAGAAAUCAAACACUGAUAUCGAUUAUAUAUUUCCAAUACCUUUUCAGAAGCUGAACAUUAUCAGAGAGACGGUGACGGAGUGUAGCUUCAUGCAGCUUCUGCAGCGAUGCUUUGAAAACACUGAACAUCUGAAACUUCAUGACUCUGACAGGAUCAUUCUGGUCUUUGAUGGACUCAAUGAGUUUAAACUCCAGAACACAAAGAGGAUUACUGAUCUAAAUGAUCCAGCCUCAGUCUCUGAUCUUCUGACAAACCUGAUCAAGGGAAAUCUGCUUCCAAACGCUCAGAUCUGGAUCACCAGCAGACCAGCAGCAGCCAAUCAGAUUCCUGCUCGAUGGAUUGAUCGUGUGACAGAGAUCCAGGGCUUUGAUGACCAGCAGAAGCAGAAAUAUUUCAGAAAGAGCAUCAGUGAUCAGAGAAUGAGUGAUAAAGUCAUCAGUCACAUCCAGAAAUCUCCACGCAUCAGCAGCAUGUGUUAUUUACCAGAUUACUGCAGAAUCAUCGCAGCGAUUCCUGAAAUGUUCAGUACAGGCCGAGAUGAUUUCCCCAAGACCCUCACUCAGAUGUACAGCAGACUCCUGUUAGCUCAGACUGAACUGAUUCGAGAGAGAAGAGAGACCAUCAUAGCUCUGGGGAGAAUAGCGUUUCAUCUGCUGGUGAACAGAAACUCUCUCUUCUGUUAUGAAGACUUAAAGAAAUGUGGCAUUAGAGAUGAAAGUGAUCUGAUACGCUCAUCAAUCAUAAAGAAGAUUGAAGACAAAAGCAAGUGUACAUCAUUCUGUUUCGUGAAUCACAGAACACAGGAGUUUCUGGCAGCUUUAUAUGUGACUGAAGUCAUUAAUGUGAAUAAUCCACUCCAACUCAGAGAUCUGUCCAGUCUGAAACUUGAGCUCGGAGAGCAGAGCUUCACAAGACAUCACAAACUCCAGGAUGUGAUGGAAAGUGCUUUACACAAACAGAUGGAUCUCUUCUUCUGCUUUGUACUGGGUUUGAUGCUGGAGUCCAGUCAGAGAGCUUUAAAAGACCUCCUGACACAGAGAGAAAGCAGCUCUUCAUGCAGUCAACUCACAGUUCAACACAUCCAAACACUGAUCAUGAAUUCCUCUCCAGAUGCAGACAAAUGCAGUCUCCUGUUUGAUGCUUUGAAAGAGCUGGAUGAGCGUUAUCUAAUCCAGCAGAUAAAAACACAGCUGAAAUCUGGACUCAGACUCUCUCCUGAUCAGUUUUCAGCUCUGGUGUUUGUGUUGCUGAAUUCAGAAGAGCAGCUGGCUGAGAUUAAAUCUCAUCGAUCAGAGGAACAUCUUCUGAUGCUUCGACCAGUGCUCAAAACAUCUGGAGAACUUAAAAAGAGCAAUCCAAAUUCGAAGAAUCCUAAACAAGGCCAUAUCUCCAACAAGCAGCCCAAGCAGGCCACGAUCAGUCCAAAGAGCAGCACACAGAGUCACUCUUCAGUAUCAAAGAUGUUCAAACUGAGACUAAAGGAGGAGUUUCAGUAUCUGACUGAAGAUAUAUUAUCUGGAGAGAAAAGACAACUACUGAACGAUGUCUUCAUUGAACCCCACAUCACAGAGAAAACUGAUCCUCUCAUCGGUGAUGAAAGAGAGAUCAUGUGCAGAAACAUGUUUGAAGGCCAGAAUAUCAGGACAGUUUUGCUGAAGGGAGAUGCUGGAACUGGAAAAACUGUGACUGUGCAGAAGUUCAUCCUGGACUGGGCUGAAGAGAAAUCAAACACUCAUAUCGAUUAUAUAUUUCUGAUCCCUUUUCAGAAGCUGAACAUUAUCAGAGAGACGGUGACGGAGUGUAGCUUCAUGCAGCUUCUGCAGCAAUGCUUUGAAAACACAAUGAUUACUGAUCUAAAUGAUCCAGCCUCAGUCUCUGAUCUUCUGACAAACCUGAUCAAGGGAGAUCUGCUUCCAAACGCUCAGAUCUGGAUCACCAGCAGACCAGCAGCAGCCAAUCAGAUUCCUGCUCGAUGGAUUGAUCGUGUGACAGAGAUCCAGGGCUUUGAUGACCAGCAGAGGGAGGAAUAUUUCAGAAAGAGCAUCAGUGGAGGAAACACACUCCAGCUCAGAGAUCUGUCCAAUCUAAAUAUUGAAAUCGGAGAGCAGAGCUUCACAGACUACAACUCACUCCAGAAAGUGAUGGACUUCGCUUUACAAAGACAGAUGGAUCUCUUCUUCUGCUUUGUACUGGGUUUGAUGCUGGAGUCCAGUCAGAGAGCUUUAAAAGACCUCCUGACACAGAGAGAAAGCAGCUCUUCAUCCGGUCAACUCACAGUUCAACACAUCAAAACUCUGAUCAUGAAUUCCUCUCCAGAUGCUGACAAAUGCAGUCUCCUGUUUGAUGCUUUGAAAGAGCUGGAUGAGCGUUAUCUAAUCCAGCAGAUAAAAACACAGCUGAAAUCUGGACUCAGACUCUCUCCUGAUCAGUUUUCAGCUCUGGUGUUUGUGUUGCUGAACUGA